CAGUCUAUACAGUCUAUACACAUCACCUCACAGUGCGAAAGAAGUUGACGUAUUUGUGUUGCAUUCGAGUACGGAGUGUCACCGAAUCUGGAUCACAAUUUUAAUCUUUCCCGAUGAAUUCUUUUGAAGUAAAAUCGUUACUUAUUGGAUGCAGAAGCGAAGAUGUAUGACGUGCUGGGCUGCAGCCUCUUGGCACUGAUUCUGUAUUGGAACACCCUGAGUGCGGAUUUCGCCUACGACGACUCGCGUGCCAUACUCAAGAAUCAGGACCUUCUACAGGAGACGCCCAUCUCCAACAUCUUCUACGAUGACUUCUGGGGCACGCCUCUCAUCCACAGCGGCAGCCACAAGUCCUACCGCCCUCUCUGUGUCCUCAGCUACCGCUUCAACCACCUCCUGGGACAGCUAGACCCGUUCGGCUAUCACCUCGGCAACGUGCUGCUUCACGUUCUGGUGACUGCCCUGUUCACUUACGCGGCGAGGGUCGUGUUGUUACGGCGAACAUUUCCGGCAUGUCUCGCCGGGGUGUUGUUUGCCGCGCAUCCAGUCCACACAGAAGCGGUCGCAGGGAUCGUCGGGCGGGCCGACGUCGGAGCCUGCCUCUUCUUCCUGCUGUCGUUCCUCUGCUACAUCAGUUACUGCCGGCGGAGAGAUUCUUCCAAAGAACAUUCAAAAUUCAGGACUAGUGACGAGGACAAACGUCAGCCCCACCUACCGGUAUGGCACAGAUAUAUUUACCUGACUCUCAGCAUCUUGUUUGCGACAAUGAGCAUGCUGACCAAAGAGCACGGAAUGACAGUCUUAGCAGUGAACAUCGCCUACGAUGUGUUUAUUCAGAAUAAAUCAAGGCUUCGAGAUCUUCUUUCUUUUAAAAUCUUUUCAAAGGAUUGCCGGCAUCUGAUGGAGGGCAUCCUAUCCCAAGCAGUCGGCAUAGCCAUCCUGCUAGCAUUCCGUCUGCAUUUUAUGGGCAACAAGCCACCCCACUUCGCCCCUUCUGACAACCCAGCGGCCAGCAACGAGAACUUCCAGACAAGACUCUUAACAUUCCUCCAUCUUCCAGUUUUAAACCUCUGGCUCUUGCUCUGCCCUUACCAUCUAAGCUUUGAUUGGUCCAUGGAAGCAGUGCCCCUGAUCGAGUCGCCGGCCGACAUCCGAAACUUGUUCACUUUAAUAUUUUACGGCAGUUUGGCUGCGUUUGCAUGGUACUGCUUCCAAGAAUUGGAAGACUUAUACCACGAACAAGAAUCGCUUGACCAAAUGAAGUUCAGGACUUCAGAUUUUUCAGACUGCUUAGGUAACGGCAGAGCAAACGGAAUAGGUAACGGGCACAGUAUAUCGCGGAACGGAACGAGCGAAAAGAAAAACGGACAUGCCGGAAAUGGGCACGCGUACAUUCCAAGUCCGAGUUUUAACAAUAGUAACGGUAAUGGCGUCAGACACAAUGGCGUCAGACAUGAGACCUUGUAUUCGCUUCGAAAGCGACAGGGCAACAGCCAGCGGAAAAGUCACCAUCACCCACGGACUGUCUCAUCAGCAAACAGACCUAAUACCGCAGUCCCACCGAGUUUUAAUGAGAGGACGCAAAUUCUAAACGUGGUCAUCGUCAGCAUGGUGCUUAUGAUUCUUCCGUUCCUCCCGGCCACCAACCUCUUCUUCUACGUCGGGUUCGUGAUCGCCGAGCGGGUCCUGUACAUUCCAAGCAUGGGCUUCUGCCUCCUGGUUGCCGAAGCGAUCCACCAGCUAUGGAGGCGGAGCCCAGGGAGGCAAAAGACGGUUGUCGUGGUGACCGCCGCCACCCUCGUGGUACUGUUUAGCGCGAGGACGUGGCUGAGGAACUUUGACUGGCAGUCGGAGGAGGCCCUCUAUAGAUCAGGAAUUGAUGUCAACCCUCCAAAAGCAUGGGGGAAUCUGGCCAACAUUCUCAAAUCGCAGGGCAAGACCGCAGAAGCUGAAGAAGCUUAUAAAAAUGCACUCAGUUACCGUGGCAACAUGGCUGAUGUCCAUUAUAACUUAGGAAUAUUACUGCAGGAAAGCAAGCGUUAUGAGGAGGCCAUUGCUAGCUAUCAGCUGGCCAUCCAGUGCAGGCCAAGACUAUCAAUGGCUCAUCUCAAUCUGGGUAUCGUGCUGAACACCCUGGGCCGGCAGGACGAAGCAGAGAAGGUGUAUCGUCAUGCAGCUACGCUGGACGACGCCGGCCUGAAAGACCCCAAGAAUCAAAUGACUGGGGUGAUAUCGGCGCUCUUCAACCUGGGCAGACUGCUGCAGGAUCAGGGCAGAUAUGAGGAAGCCUUAAAGAUCUUCACCGAAGCCAUUGAGAGACGACCAUACCACUACGCACCACAGAGCCUCUACAACAUGCUAGGUGAAACAUACUUCAAGCUUGGAAGGAUUGAGAGUGCCGAGAGGUGGUUCAAGAAAUCCUUGGAGGCAAAACCCGAACACAUACCUGCACACCUUACAUAUGCCCAUAUGCUGGCCAAAACGAACCGGAUUUCAGAAGCAGAGACAUUGUUGAAAAAGGCAAUAGAGUUGGAACCAGCUAAACACAAUGUCUAUCAAUACCAUGGUCAAUUUCUGAAUGAUCAGGGACGCUUCAAUGAAGCAUUGGCUAUGUUCAGCAAGGCAUUUGACCUACGACCCGAUGACCACGAGGCCACCUUUAACCUUGCCAAUGCCCUGCGCCAGGCUGGCAACAACAAGAGGGCAGAGGGCUUCUACAAGAAAGCAGCACUUUUGAAACCUGAGGCAGCGACGAGUCACAUGAACCUGGGGGCGAUGUACCACCUGAAUGGCAAACUGGAGGAAGCAGAGCAAAGCUACAUGGAGGCGUUGCGUCUGAAACCCAACGACCAGACAACCUUGCAGAACCUGAGGAAACUGCGCUCGCUGAUGGCUAAAACGUCAAGCGGGGAAAGCAAAGGCAUCCCGAAGGCCAAGGGUGGCUAGGGGGAUAGUUUAACCAAAUUUUAGUUUUGUACCACUGGCUUUAGAUUUAGGAAGGAUGAGCAGGUUUGUAUUCUGUCAAUUCUUUCAUGCAAUUUCUUUCAAAUUUGUUUUCUCCCUGCUCGACAGCAAUUAAUUUUUUUUCUCUGAAUAAAUUUUCAACUUGUAUGUUUUAUUCCAACAAAAAAAUCUGUUUUUCUUUUUUGGGCAUCCACAACCUUCUGAAAAAGGGCGGUGUUAUGUUGGGCACAAGCAGAUCCGCCUUGCGAUCAAACUAGCUCCUGGUUCAUGCAUUUUCGAUGUAAUCGAUGUAAUGAUUUAAUAACUAACCCAUGAGCCGUUUUAUUUUCUUCAGUCGAUGUUCAGUGAAAAGUUUCUUUUUGUAUUACUAGAACUUUUGUAUUACUAGAUAUAUUUAACAAUUGUUGACUGCUGUGAUGUGGGAUAUGACGUUUUGAACACCCGAGGGGCGCAUAGCACCCUGAGGGGGUUAAAAACGGGGAAUAAUUGCAGAAUACCCCGCCACUC